AUGUCUCUAAACAGUCUCUUCUCAAUCCUCUGUUUUGCCCUGGCCCUUAGCUUCGGCUUAGUCUCUUCACAAACAUGCGAUGACACAAUGUCAUUCGAACCAAACAGUACAUACGAUACAAACCGCCAUCUCGUUCUCUCAACUCUUGCUUCCGACGUCAGCUCUCAAGACGGAUUCUACAACGUCUCGAUUGGGGAAGAAGGCCCUGGAAAGAUCUAUGCUUUAGGCCUCUGUAUCCCAAGUACCGAUCCAAAGGUCUGUUCCGAUUGUAUCCAACGAGCGUCUGUCGGUUUAUCACAGCGCUGUCCGAACCAGACCGACUCAUGGGACUGGAGAGGCGGCAACAGGACGCUCUGUUUCGUCCGUUACUCCAACACUUUGUUUUUCAACGAGAUUGAUCUUGAGCCGACGGCUGCAGAGUCGUACAGUGGAGACACCCCUGGGAACGUGACAGAGUAUAACAUCAAAUGGGAAGAUCUGAUGAAGCGUACGAUAGCCGCGGCUUCCUCUACAACUCCUGGGCCACUUGCAGGAGGCACGCAUUACGCGGUCGAUAUGAUGCCUUUGACAGGUUUCCUUAACAUAUAUGCGUUCAUGCUGUGUAUUCCUGGGAUAUCUUCUGCGGACUGCGAGAAAUGUCUUGUCGAGAAUGUGCGCCUGCAGCAGGGCUGCUGCAUUACGAAAAAAGGAAGUGCCGUUAGGCGACCGGUUUGCUAUUCCAUAGCUGAUACUUCUCCGUUCCUCGAGGCUUUCGAUCACAUGAAACCGCCCCCACCUCCUCAAAGCAUGCCUCCCCCAAGUGAUCUGCCCAGUUCUACAAACAAAGAAGUCACAAGAAUCUCUAGAGGAACUGUCAUUGCGAUUGUCUUAUCAGCAGCCAUCAUAGUGGCACUGCUUGCUCUAGGACUUGUUUUCUGGAGGAAAAGAAAAUCAAACAAAAUAACAAAAUUCAAAAGUUUUGUUGAUGAUGAUGAUGAUGAUAUCGAAGGUACACAUAUACUGCAGUUUGAUUUUAAGACACUCGAUGACGCAACAGAUAACUUUUCGCCCAAGAACAAAAUUGGCCGUGGUGGAUUUGGUGUAGUUUACAAGGGUACAUUUCCAAAUGGAACUGAAAUUGCGGUGAAGAGGCUAUCAAGAAAUAAUUCUGUACAAGGCUUGAAAGAGUUCAAGAACGAGGUUCUUGUUCUGGCAAAGCUUCAGCAUAAUAAUCUUGUUAGGAUUCUUGGGUUUUGUCUGGAAGGAGAAGAGCAGAUACUUGUCUAUGAGUUUCUGCCCAACAAAAGCCUCGACUGUUUCCUCUUCGACCCAGUGAAGCAAGGUCAGCUUAACUGGAGUAAACGGUACGAUAUCAUAGGAGGGAUCGCUCGAGGGAUGCUAUAUCUUCAUCACGAUUCAAGGGUUACAAUCAUACACCGUGAUCUCAAAGCAAGCAACAUCCUCUUAGACGAGGGUAUGAAGCCGAAGAUCGCAGAUUUUGGCAUGGCAAGGAUUUUUGGGAAUGAACAAACCCGAGCCGAUACUAGGAGGAUAGCUGGAACCUUCGGUUACAUGGCUCCUGAGUAUGUCAUGCACGGUCAAAUCUCCAAGAAAUCUGAUGUUUAUAGCUUUGGAGUCUUGCUUCUUGAGAUCAUAAGUGGCAGGACGAAUAUUAUAUGCAACGAAACAGAUGGAUCUGUUGACAGUUUAGUCAUACAUGCUUGGAGACUAUGGAGAAAUUAUUCAUCGUUACGACUGUUGGAUCCAACUUUUGGGGAUAACUAUCAAAGGGAUGACGUUACUCGAUGCAUUCACAUAGGGCUUUUGUGUGUUCAAGAAGAUCCUGCAGAUCGUCCGACAAUGUCUACAAUCAUAUUGAUGCUUACUAAUAGCUCAAUGACUCUGCCAGAGCCUCGUGAAACCAGGGGUUUUUUUUCAGAGUAG